AUGGGCGGUGCGACUCGAUCUCCAUACCGAGUCGCCAACCCCCUCUGCCCGUCGCCUGAUGCUCCUAUCGGAAUAAUCCCGCGAUUUUUCGUGCUUCGUCGCUCCGUCUUUACCAUACCGGGCUCUCGAGCGAUGGUCGUUGAGUUCGAAAUUUUCUCUCCCAGAUACAGUCGCAUCAUGUCAGCCAUUGACAUGGAUCGAUGUGAGUAUCAAAGCGACAAUAUAUUGUAUUGUCCUCAAAAUGAUUCCACUGGUGUUGCCUACUAUGUGCGAAACGUCUACCCACCUAUACAGGUAAGAUUUUAA